AUGUCCCGCGUGGGCAUCGUCUCAAGCGUUGAGCUCGAGACGAUGACCACGACGGGCAUGCACAACGGGCGAGGGGUCGUGGUCUACGAGACCGCAAAAGGGGCGCGGGAUGCUCUUCGUGGCUUCAACGACAAGACGAUGGUGAUCGACGCGCGCCUCGUCGCCGUAGCCACUACCAAAUGGCCCACGGUGGGGCACUUCGCCGCCACCAUCAACCACUGCGGCCGUUCGCGCAGGGGGCCGCAGGUCGAACUGACGCAGGCCGGCGCCGUAGUGCUGGCGUGCUCUACUCUCCUCGGAGAUGGCGAUGGCGGUGGCGGUGCGAGCAGCGGGGGCGGUGAUGGGGGCUACAAGAAGAGGGGGCGUCGUAAGGGCCGCAACAGGACGGCGAGUGGGAAGGACGGGCCGCCCACCAAGAGGGCGAGGGGGGGAGGAGGGGGGGGAGAAGGGGACGGGCGUACGGUCGCCGUUGGCCGGGUUCCCCGGCGUACAACAAAGAAAGAGCUGCGGGAACACUUUGAGACCGUCGCCAGCGUGGAGGCCGUCUCUCUUGUGACGGGCAAGGGAAAGCUCCCCCAAGAAGGGUAUGUCACCUUCAUGACCCAGGCGGGAGCGUCAAAAGCUGUCCAAUACCUGGAUGGCUCGUAGUUGUGCACCGACGAGCUCGUUGUCGCUCUGGCUUGAUUUUCUAGGGAUUCAUGAUGGCGCCACUCGUUCGUACUCGCCGUGUCAAACGUGCGCCGAGUUCGUGUGUGAUUGCGACUUCUGUGAAACGCGCCGACCUUGCCAGUUUGUAGGUGGCAGGGCGUGCGUGUUUUGGUUGUUCUUCUCUUUUGUUCGCUCUGUCGCUCCCACAUAGCACACGUGAGAGCAUCACUAGAUACAGAAGAGUCCCGGAGUGCAGAGCGCACGUGUCGUCAUCAACAGCAGGAUGGAAGCUACACCCAGACUGCUGGCUAAGUCUAAUUGUUUCUUCUUUGUUCUCACACAUAGUUCGAAAGAGAAGACGCGAGGUACGUGAGAGGUAUUCUAUCCCCGGUGUUAUGUCGAGGAGUCAAGGGCCAGCCGUAUAUCUGCGCAGUCAGGCAGCCUGCGAUACGGCGUGAGGUUUAGAGUCCAGAAUGCCCCACAGGUCAGGUGUGGAGGCUUGUACCGGGUUGUUGGCUGAGUCGUCGAUACGAUCGGGACUAGCGCGAUGGAAGCAUAGCAGGUUGUACCAAGGAGGGUGAGAGGGUAGGUUUGCUAUCUGUUCUAGGCGGUCUCGAACUCUCUGAUCCAGCGGUAGAAGAGGAAUAGAAAACCAUUGCCAGAAUUGUUGAGCUCUGAAAUGCAAUGGACAGGAGCAACGUAUGCUUGGGCGGAUUUCGUUGAAAUAGCGGGGAUUUAGGGUUAACGUCCCCGCCCAGGGUAUAGUACCCCAUUGUGCGGGGGAACACGCGGGAACUGGAGACUGGUAACCAUCAGUGGAAGAGGAGCACCGCGUUGGUUCGAAGUAGAUCCCACAGCGAUAUCUAUCGGAUCCACGAGAGAGACGGAACAAAGGAAGAGAGAACAACAAGUGGAAGAUUGGCAAGGGUUUAUUUUACUCGGUAACGAUCUCUUAGCGCACACAUACAUACCAUACUACGGUGCGUGAUGGAAAUAAUUUUUCGGCGGUAGGCGGUAUUACAUACAUGGUAGGUUUUUUGGCAGUAGUAGCGACUUUGACGGAGGCGGGCGGUAAACCCUAAAUAAAUAUGGCGGAGGCGGUCAUUUUUCGGCGGUAAUUUAAUGUCAUACUAUAGUCUAUUGCGGUAUGUAUUUGUUUUGCCGGCGGACGGUAUUUUGUGUUGUUGCGUUUUUCGGCGGUAACGAAAUUGAUUGGCAGAGAGGUGGUG